CAAAGAAUUCGCAUUUGCUUUCUCUGUCUCUCUCUCCCUCUCGCCUUUGAUAGGUGGAGGCUCUCUGCGUUUUAACGCUUCAAGAGCUGCGGAGGAACUUGUGAUUCCGAGGCUGGAGCUCGAGUUUUUGAGCCCGAAACCAUGGGAUACUCGAUGCUCGUGCUGACCGGGCGGCCGGCGAAGCGAAGGCCGACGAAGCGAAGAGCCGGGUUGCAGAUGAAGCGAGCGGGGCGAGGAGUUUGUAAUUUAGGGGAAAAAAUUUCCAAGUUGUUUGACCCAGUAGCAUGGGAACUGCUGCUUUACGACAGUUGCUACAGAGCUUGUGUCGCGAUUCGCCCUGGACAUACGCGGUGUUCUGGAAGAUCAGGCGUCAAGUCCCUACGGUUUUAACAUGGGAAGAUGGGUAUUUUGACCAUUCAAAGGCUAGAAGAAAUAUAGAGAAUUGUUUAGAUGAGUUAUACUUCAACAGAUCAGGCGAGCUGUUCUCUUUUGCCUAUGAAAAUGGCUUACAGAAUGAAAGUGCAAGCCCUUUAGGAGUUGUGGAAACCGAUAUGUCAUGUCUUCACUACUCACUGGGAGAAGGGCUUGUAGGCGAAGUGGCAGUCACAGGCAACUACUGUUGGCUUUCUUCUGAUGAUAUUUUGGCUUCUCAGUCCAACUCUGAGAUUCCUUUAGAGCUUCCUGAAGAAUGGCUACCACAGUUUUUGGCCGGUGUGAAGACUAUUCUCCUGUUACCUGUUCUUCCACACGGGGUCUUGCAACUAGGCUCCUUGGAAGUGGUUGCUGAAGACAUAGCGAUAGUUGCUGAUCUCACGGGAUUAGUCUCACUUCAACACGAUUUUAGCCGUUCUCUAACUUCCACGAUGAACCAUGGCCUGCAGGAUCAUUCAAUCCCAUCCUGUUUUAUAGAUGAUGUGGAUGAGUCAUUGAACAUAACUGGCAACCUGGUUUUUAAAACAAAAUCUGAAGGGUUAUAUAGCAAUUUUGAGGUGAAUUGCAGCAUGCUAAAUCUCGUACAUGUUCGGCCUCUGUCAGAAAUUCAAGAAGAUGCAUGGGAAAAUCAGACUUGUGUCUUGGCAGCCAGUCCUUCCAAAGUGUCAACUCCCCCAAUUGGACCUGCAAACCGGUCAGAAAGGAUGGAUUAUGAUGAUUUUGGAUUCUCUUGUGCAGAAGAAGAAUUGCAUGCCUUCAACAAAUGUUACAUUUCAGGCGGGUUAGGUGACUUUUAUGAUGGCAUGGAGGACUACUUCACUGCUAGCGACUUUGUGAGCCUACCAUUUGGAGACAAUGAUGUUGAGAAUAUCGAAAAUGAAACCGUAGGCAACAUGUCUAGCUUCUCCGUGAACUAUGAGCUAGAUGAAGCUCCUGGACCAACUUUCUUGUGGCAAAGUGAAUUUCCAGUGGAUUCGUUUUUUACAGAUAUGGAUGUGCUUACAAGGUCUUGUUUGACUGAGAAUCAAUAUUUUGUUGAUGGCAAUAAGCUGUUUGCUGGGGAAUCUGGGAGAUAUCCUGCCAAAGAUGAAGAGGAGUAUCUCUUGGAAUCUAUUGUCAGUAACUCAUAUGAUGGUCCUGAUGGUAAUUCACCAAAUAAAUCCAACAUCACAUCUUCAACCGUUCAACCGGAGCAACUUUUGACUUCUUUGAGAACAAAAAGGAAGUCUGAAGAAAGCUGCCUGAGUGGAGAUUUUGCAAGCCGCAUAACUCCAGCUGCAUUCAGCUCUAGGAAUAUAGGUAAAGAAACUUCCAGCGAUUCUUUAACUUCAGAUAAAAGCACGCUGAGUACAGUCACUGAAAAAGAGCAGAGGAAGAGAAGAUCCCCUCAUGAACAGGCUAAGGGGCAGAAGAAGAUGAUCAGCGGUAGCAAAAGAAAGGGAAGACCAGGUGAUAACCAGAGGAUAAGACCAAGGGACAGACAGUUGAUUCAGGACAGAGUGAAGGAACUUAGGGACCUUGUCCCAAAUGGUGCAAAGUGUAGCAUUGAUGGCCUUCUAGAUCGAACAAUCAAUCACAUGCUGUUCUUAAGAGGCGCAACCAACCGGGCAGAGAAGUUGAAGAAGUGGGUGCCUCCAGAGGAAUCCGGACGGAGCAGAUGGAGAGCACUUGAAAUCGAUGCUGAUUCCCAGGGUGGAGCUAGUUGGGCUCUUGAAUUAGGAGGUGAGCUUCAGGUAUGCCCUAUAGUGGUGGAAGACCUGGAAUACCCAGGACUCAUGCUUAUUGAGAUGCUAUGCAACGAUCAAGGGCUUUUUCUUGACAUUGCUCGUGUGCUUCAACGCCUAGAAUUGACCAUCGUGAAGGGUGUUACAGAGAAAGAUUCUGGCAAUACCUGGGCCUGCUUCAUUGUUGAGGCCUCAAAGGGUUUUCAGAGAAUAGACAUAUUCUGGCCUUUGAUGCAGCUUUUACAGCACCGAAGGAAUUCCGUUCCGACAUGACUUAAUGGCUGUUGGGUUAUCUAUUCACUAACAAAUAGUCUGUUUUGGUCUAGUGGUCGUAGGAUGUCAUUCUUGCAAUGGGAGUUUCUUUUAGUGUUCCUGCGAGUUAUUAUCAAAUGUUGAUUAGAAUCUAAAUAGUGAUAUCGGGUGAAUGGAUGGUCUUGUAUUGCUGCAGUGAUCUGUUGCGUGGGUAAUUAAUUCUUCUUAAUUCUCUUUCGAAAA